AUGACUUCUAUGCGACAGACCAAGUUCGCCGUUGCCCUUGUACAGAAGCGCUUCAACUCAACCCUCAGAGCAGCACACCAUGCAGCACAGGCAGCAGCAGCAGCAGCCCAAGGCGCCCAAGGGGUAACAUCGCUGCGGCUCAACAACAAUAAUCUGUCAGAACUGCAGUAUGCGACCGUUCCCACCUAUGACAGGACCACCCUCAAGCAUGGCAUUGUUCAUGUCGGUGUCGGCGGCUUUCACAGAGCUCAUUUGGCGGUUUACGUCGACAGCAUGUUGGAGCAGCUCGGUCUCCGCGACUGGUCCAUCUGCGGUGUCGGCCUACAGCCCUUCGAUGCGGACAUGAAGAACGCCCUUACCCCUCAAGAUCACCUGUACACAGUCAUUGAGCGUUCUUCCGCCGGAACAAAGGCACGUGUCAUCGGCAGUAUCUCGGAUUACCUCUUCGCUCCCGACAGCAGCGAGGCUGUUAUUGCCAAGAUGGCACACUCAGAUACCCACAUUGUUUCCAUGACUAUUACAGAGAGCGGCUAUUUCUACAACGAAAAUACCCAUGAGCUAGAGAUCGAGCAUCCUGAUAUUGUAUACGACCUUAGCGGCAAGGGCCCACCGCGCACAUUCUUCGGAUAUGUCUACGCUGCACUGGCGCGGCGUUUCAAAGCCGGCCUGAAGCCUUUCACAGUUCUGUCAUGCGACAACAUGCAGAAGAACGGCGACAUCACUCGCAACAUGCUGCUUACUUUCGUCAAGCACCGCGACCCUGAGGUUGCAGCAUGGCUCGCUCAACAUGGCGCCUUCCCCAACAGUAUGGUUGACCGCAUCACACCAAGGACCAUCGAGGAGGAUGUCCAAAACCUCGCCGAAGAAUUUGGCGUUGAGGAUGCAUGGCCCGUUGUGACUGAGCCAUUCAUGCAAUGGGUUAUCGAGGACAAGUUCGCCGACGGACGCCCGCCUUUCGAGAAGGUCGGUGUUCAGGUCGUCAAGGAAGUCGAGGAAGUCGAACAGUUUGAGCUUACUAAGCUUCGCCUGCUCAACGCCAGCCACUCGGCUAUGGGCUACGCCGGCUACCUUGCUGGAUUUCAGUACAUCCACGAAGUUAUCGGCAACCCCCACUUCCACAAGUACAUUCUCAACAUGAUGCAGGAGGAGGUCAAGCCCCUACUGCCCCGGAUUCCCGGCGUCGAUAUCGACGAGUACUGCAAGACGCUCAUCAGCCGCUUCUCCAACCCCGCUAUCAAAGAUGAGCUUACGCGUAUCUGUCUUGGUGGCUCGGGCAAGCUGCCCCAGUUUAUCAUGCCCUCGAUCGCUGAACAGAUCCAGGCUGGAGGGCCCCUUCGCCGCCUUACACUCUGUACCGCUGCAUGGUUCUGCUAUCUGCAAGGCAUCAACGAGCAGGGCCAUGAAUUUCCGCUCAGCUUCGACCCCAUGGCUGCCGAGCUGCAGCCUCUUGCCCGCGCAGGAGGCUCUGACCCAAUGAAACUAUUGGGCGUGAAGUCCUUGUUUGGUGACGACCUGCGCAACGACGAGCGUUUUGUCACUGAGCUUACUAAGGCUAUAGAGAGCUUGAAGAAGGAGGGUGCUUUAGCUACCAUUUCAAAAUAUGCUUAG